AUGGCAAAUUCUAUUAUACAUUAUUUUCCAAACUUUGAUAAAAAACCAGAUAUGCGUGAAUGUUUACUAUGUAGACGUAAUAAAAAAGUGAAAAUAGUACUUAAAAGCAUUAGUGGCACGACGAUUUUGAAAAAGAAUAAAAUUCUGAUAAAUGGAAAUGAAACAUUAUUUUCCGUGUUAAAUUUUCUUAAAAAAAUAUUUAACAGAUAUGAAUAUAUAUACCUUUACAUUAAUAAUACCGUAAGUCCAAAUCUUGAUGAUUUCAUAUCAGACCUUUUCGAUCUGUACCAAAUAUCAAACAGCUUAAAUAUCUCAUAUAGCUUCUCACCAGCAUACUAG